GUUUGUCUGGCAACCAGGCCGACCUUGAGUGUGCAUUGUUGCUUGUUGACAACCAUUAGUCGUUUUGGAUUGCGUAGCAGAGUUCAUUGUCUGACCAGAAGCGGGACAUUUUUGUUUGGUUUGCGACGGAAAUUGUGCUGAGGUGCAGCGAAACCAUUUCAACCGAUAUUCGGACACCACCCCGAACUAAAGGCCAACAUGACGAAAGUGGACAUUCCGCUGAAAAGCAAAGCCGAAGCGUCCGAUACGUUCAUUCAAAACGAGAAGGACGUUGAGGUGCGAGUGCGGGCUCCGAAGCGGGUUCUCCAUUUUAGCGACGGUACGCUCGAGGAGUUCAGUGAUGACGAGGCCGAUCAAGUAGAUUGUGCCGAAACGGUUCCCGUAGAUGAGUCGACCAUGAAGUGGACCGAUUGGAUGCGUUACAAGACCUGCAAGCUCGGAAGCUCGGUCCUAGCCGGGUGUGACUAUGUCGGUGAGGGACUGGCCUCUUUCCUGGGUAUUACGACGCCGAAAUACAGCUACGAAAUCGAAGAAUUCAAACGGAUGCAAGCCGAACAGCAGGCCGAAGAGCGCGCGGUUCAAACGUUCGUCGAGCAGAAUCGUGCACAAAAUGGUGACGGCAGUCACAGCGUCACACAGGCACCAACGGCAGUGAAAGCCCCGGUGGAAACGAACACUCCUGAACCGGUCACCAGCACGGAAGUGUGCACCGAAAAUGAAAUUCAGAAGUUUUAAACAAUAUUCCCGGCUGACCCAGUACCCCAGUGAGGUUGUUCUGCGAGGUUGUUAAUUGUAAGGUAUGGACCCCCCCUGAAACUAAUUGUGUUUUUUGUUUUGUAUUUUUAUCACAACGAACAUCAUGCUUUCAUUAGCAAGCGGAGUAAAGGUACCGGACCGCGAACGGAAGUAAUAUCAAAGAAUUAAAUUUAGCAUACGCAUGUAAGAGGACACGAUUUAUUUAUUUUCUAUUGGGGCAGUUAUGGUCGGAAUCUGAACGCGGGCGAAACGGCACAAAGUAGACAAGUUGAACUACAAAUUAUCUCAAAUGUUUUACAUUCUAAAACGCGUUACGAAUAAGGAGCGUAUAUUAUUUGGAGAAACUUGAAUGAAUGGAAGCAACGUAGGUUUAACCGGCACAACGGAUUGUAAUUCUCAUGAAAAUAUAUUUAAAGACUUG